AUCAAAAUGAACAACAUUAAUGUGCAAAAAACCUUACAAAAUUUUAACAUGGAGACGUGAAAUUCAAAGCAAUGACUUUAUUUAUUUUUUCAUUAGAUGGGUGGGGGUAAAAAUCAAGUUAAAAUCACUAACAUAAGUCGUAUUAAAGGAAAGUAGUCAUGUCUCUUACAGCCUUUAACAUAACUGAUGCGAAAGUACCCUUACCUCACAGCAUUGAGGAGAAAACUGUAAGAGAUGUUGGUUAUUUCUUUUCAUCAUACUCUGUGAAAAAAAAUCCAGGUUAAUGUUUACUUCUGGGGGAGCUGUGUGAGAGGUUUAUUUUCUUUCAAGUCGUCAGCAAUAUGAUCCCCUUUUGCACUAUCAAGCUUGGCUAUGGCAAUUACCGGGCAGCCAUUUUGAAUUUAUGCUUUAUUGGAACUUCACUGCUUGCCCCUGUGUUUGCAGGUUGGCUCGCUGAUGUCCGUCUAGGAAGAAACAAACUGGUCUAUAUUUGCUUAUUUCUACAUUUUCUAGGUACUGCUUUGUUUACUGUAUCUGUGGUUGCUUUUCCCUCAGAAGACUUCUAUAUGGGCUCUUACCACAUGAUUAAUAACAUAACAAAGAAGGAGCAGAAGAGACUGUUUUAGGUCGCACUCUUGACCAUCUGCCUCGGCACAGAAGGAGUAAGAGCCAUCGUUUGUCCACUGGGCGCUUAUGGCCUCCAGGAGUAUGGAUCAAAGAAACAAAUGUCAUUUUUUAACUGGAGACAUUACAUGAAUGAAAUACUUCUCUUGGGAAAUGGAGAGUAUUCCCAACAGAUCCAUGCUUUAGGACUUUGGGAAGAGGGAUGGGGAAUAGGGGUGGGUGACAAGAUGGAUGGAGACCCUGCCGGGCAGCCAGGCAACUGCAGAAACCUGGCGCUGUCAGGAGUUUCACUGGCCUUCGCCAAGUUCCCUAAGCUCUCAGAACCUCAGCUGUCAGAUAACACCUUGGGCUGGUCACCAAGAUGCCAGAACCCUUGUCAGAAGCUUGUUCCUUUGAACAACCCCUUGGGUUGUUCCUUCCUGACAACCUUUGGGGUAUUUGUUAAUGCACUGAAAAUAUGCUGCCUACAAUAUUAUCAUCUUGCCAGAGAUGUGACAAGCUGGUUAGACCAUGCCAAGAAAAAAGGUGGCUACUACGGUGAGUUCCAUGUGGAAGAUGCAAAAUUUUUCCUCAUGCUUCUCCCCCUCUUCAUUUUUCAUCUCCUAUACAGAAUGUGUAUUAUGCAGAUUCCUUCAGGAUAUUAUCUACAGACCAUGAAUUCCAAUCUGAAUUCGAAUGGCUUUCUUCUGCCAGUUGCAGUAAUGAAUGUGAUCGGCUUCCUGCCAUUAUUAAUCCUGGCUCUUAUGGAGUAUUUCAGCACCCGCUUAUUUCCCUCUAAGAGAGAUGGGCCAUUUCUGUUGGCAUGCAUUAUUGCUGGAAAUCUUUCUGCUGCAUUGUCUGUAAUGGUAGCCGGCUUCUUUGAAACACACAGAAAAGACUUCCCUCCAACGGAGCAAACCAUUUCAGGCAAAGUUCUCAUUGUUUCCUCCAUGCCCUAUUUCCACCUGGUUCUCCAGUACCUUUUACUUGGUGUGGCUGAAACACUGGUAAAUCCAACCUUAUCUGUACUGUCAUACAGAUUUGUUCCAAGUAGUCUCAGAGGAACCUCUAUGAAUUUUUUGUCACUGUUCAAUGGAUUUGGUUGUUUCGUGGGAGCAGUGCUGGUGGAGUUGGUAUAUCUCAUCUCAGAAGGCGAUUGGUUUCCAAACACAUUAAACAAAGGCAAUUUAGAAAGCUUCUUCUUCUUCCUGGCAUCAUUAACAUUGUUGAACGUCCUGGGAUUCUGGAGUGUUUCACAAAGAUAUUGUAAUCUAAAUCAUUUUAAUGCCCAGAACAUCAGUGGAAGUAAUCUUGAAGAAACACUUCUCCAAGAAAAGUCUCUGAAAUUUUAUGGCAGCAUACAGGAAUUCUCUUCAAGUAUUGAUCCUUGGGAGACAGCCCUAUGA